ACGCCACGGUCAAAACAUUGGGGUGAAAAAAAAAAAUGUUCUUCACAAUCCCACCAUCGGAUGCGCACCGGUUGACAUCAAACAUGGAGAACAUGCAUAUAAUGCAAAUAUGUUUAUUUUACGGCAAACAAGAGAUGUAGUUUACCGGUAUCUUUGAAGUAUUUUAUACCCGUGCAUUAAACCGCAAGGGACAGAGAGAGGAUCCAUUGAAUCUUGAGGAGCAGCCAAGGAUGGAGACAGUAUGUGGUAAAGGAGCGACAUUGGAUGGUGACAUGCUGAUGGUCAUCGUUAAACAAGAGGAAGAAGACAAUAUGGAGCAGAUGUCCAAUGGUCCACUGUCAUCUGACACACUCAUCAAACAGGAGCAAGAAGAGGGCCUAGAACAAGGCACUACAGCUCCAGGCGACCAACUCCCUGAGGAAACCGACACCCUGGAAGAAGCAGAGGAGGAGAAAAAGAGGAGGAAGGGAAAGACAGAAGAGAGGUUCUGGUCUGCUGUUGAGACUGUGGAUGUCUCUGGGUCAGACUCCAGUUGGUGCUGCAGACUGUGUCAGCGCUGCUUCAGUUCCUCCUGGCAGCUGACGGGACACUGUUGUACUGGCAUCGCGGGGGAGGACGGGGUCGCCCACGGCCACAAGGUCAAACUGGAGUUCCGGUGCCCAGUGUGUGGCGACCGCUUCCUCCGUCCCACAGCCUUCAUCAUGCACAAGCGCAGUCACAUGGGCCAGUCCCAGUACGUCUGUGGGGUCUGUGGACGGACGCUCAAGAGCCUGCGCAAGCUGUCCUCCCACAAGCGCUCACACUCCCGCCGCCGCGGGACUGUGGCUGAACGACAGCAGUGCCAUGACUGCAGCCAGAGCUUCUGCAACUUGACGGCACUCAGAAGCCACCGGGAGAGACAGCAUGGAGAGGAGAGGAACUGGAAGGAUGAGGAGGACAGUGCGGUGAGAGAGGAAGAGGAGGGAAGCACUGCAGUAAUCUCUAUUGAUUCAACCAGAGUUUCAGCCCAGCCUCCCCAGUCUCCUCAGUGCCACCAGUGUUUCAUGACCUUUCAGGAUGCAGAGACAGAAGAGAGGCAUUUACGCUUCAAGCACCCAGUGGAGUAUGAGAGACAUCUCAGAGGUCGCACAGUGUUUGCCUGCUGUGUCUGCGACCGUACAUUCCCCUCCUCCCGCCUGCUCUCAGCUCACCAACGCACCCACAGCAAGUGGAGUCUGCCCCCCACUGGCCCAGAAGACUCUGUCCAAGAAAGCACAGACGGAGGAGAGGCUGAGGGUGUGGACAAUGAAAAAAACAGAGCUGGUCCAACGAGCUGUGAGCACUGUCAUAUCAUCUUCAAUGACCUCGAACCUGGGAACGUCACAUGA